AUGGUCGCCCGUACUGGCGAGUCACCCGACAACUCGCCCUACCUGGACGAGAAGCGCGACGCAUACCAGCCCAAACCUGCAAAGUCUCGCCGGAAGAUCAUUAUAAUCGCUCUGAUCGCUAUCGCUGUCAUUGUGGUUGCUGUUGUGGUGCCAGUGUACUUCGCGGUCAUCAAGCCGAAGCAGAACAACACGAGCAAUAAUCUUGCGAGCGGCGCGGCGGCGAGCAACUCUUCGGACUCUUCGUCCGACUCCGGCAGCACUUCUAGUACGACACAGUCACGGGUCGUCACCAGCGGUGGCGAUGGCAGUACCGUCACCUUCUUCGAUGGUUCGAAGGUCACGUACUCGAACUCUUUCGGCGGAACUUGGUACUAUGAUCCUGCCAACCCGACCGUCAGUGGUGCCCGGCCGCAGUCCUGGACUCCUGCACUUAACGAGACAUUCAACUAUGGCGUUGAUCCCAUCCGAGGCGUGAACCUGGGUGGAUGGCUUGUCACGGAACCAUUCAUUGUCCCCUCGCUUUACGAGAAGUACUAUAACACGUCCUCGGGUCCGGCCGUGGACGAGUGGGAUCUCAGCACAUUGAUGACUGCGGAUGGCUCUCUCGACGAACUUGAGGAUCAUUACAAGACUUUCAUCACUGAGCAAGACUUCGCCGAUAUCGCCGCAGCAGGCCUCAACUUCGUUCGCAUUCCGAUCGCUUAUUGGGCAAUCGAGGUACGCGAGAACGAACCGUUCCUCCCGAAGACCUCUUGGACGUACUUCUUGAAGGCUAUCGAGUGGGCACGUAAGUACGGACUCCGCAUCAACCUGGACCUACACGCGCUCCCAGGCUCCCAGAACGGCUGGAACCACUCGAGUAAGUUGGGUACUAUCAACAUCCUGCUCGGUCCCAUGGGCAUCGUCAACGCGGAACGGGCACUCGACUAUAUCCGCAUUAUCGCCGAGUUCAUUUCUCAGCCUGAAUACCGGGACGUCAUCCCGCUGUUCGGGAUUAUGAACGAGCCCUUCGGCCCUACCAUCGGCAGUGACGCCGUCGAACGCUUCUACCUGCAGGCAUACGAGAUUGUACGCAACGCGAGCGGCACAGGCGAGGGCAACGGUCCCUGGGUCGUCUUCCACGACGCAUUCCUCGGCCUGAGCCACUGGACGAGCUUCCUCCGUAACGCCGAUCGCACGCAGCUGGACGUACACCAGUACAUCUGCUUCAACGGGCAGUCCGCGGAUGACUACGCCGCGCGCGUGAAGGCGGACCUGGCAUGCGAUACCUGGGGCGCGGGUCAGAACAACUCGAUGAGCUCGUUCGGCAUGACCCACGUCGGGGAAUGGAGUCUCGGAAUCAACGACUGCGGCUUGUGGCUCAACGGCGUGGACCUCGGCGCGCGUUUCGACGGGACGUUCACGUCGGGCAGCUACCCGAAGGUCGGCGAUUGCUCGGACUACACGGACUACACAAAGUACGACGAUGCGUGGAAGGCGAGCAUGAAGCAGUUUGCGCUGCAGAGCAUGUCUGCGCUCCAGAACUGGUUCUUCUGGACCUGGAAAGUUGGCAACUCGACCGUUAGCGGCCGCCCCCAGUCCCCUGCGUGGUCAUAUCAGCUCGGUCUCCAGGAAGGCUGGAUGCCGACCGACCCGCGCGACUCCGCGGGCGUGUGCGACAACAGCGACCCCUUCACCGGGACGCUCUCAGCCUGGAUGACGGGUGGCGCUAGCGCCGGGCAGAUCGCCGCCACGGCGCAAGCGGCACUCGCCUGGCCGCCGACCUCCAUCUCGAGCGUCAAGAACACUGCGACUAUCCCGCAGUACACGCAGACCGGCGCGCUCAUCCAGCUCCCUGCCCCAACGGUCACCGCGGUCAGCGGCAGCGCGACGUCGACGGUCUCCGCUGGCAGCUGGAACAACCCGUCGGACACUACGAGCCUCUGGGUGCCCAUCGCGUCGUGCGGCUACCUCAACCCCUGGAUGGGCCCGACCGCAUCCCCCGACGUGUGCCCCACGACGUCGGCGGCUGCUCGCCGCGCGUACGCGCCCCGGGCGUAUGCUACCCCCGCCCCUGUGCCCAGUUCAUAG